AUGGCCGAUCCAACUAAACGACACGAAUGCAAUAUUUGUCACAAAAAGUUCGAACGGAACGCAACUCUCAAAAUUCAUAAAGUUGUUCACACUGGAGAAAAGCCGUUCGAAUGUGACGUCUGUGGCUCAAGAUUCAGUCAAAAUGCAAAUUUAAACACACAUCUUCGAACGAUUCAUGCCUCUCAAACACCGAAAAGCAGUCACAACACGCCAAAAAAUUUGGGUCGCCAAGCCAGAAAGUCGACGAAAGCUGUUCUGGAUGAGAGUCGGACUGCUUCAACACCAAAAACGAAGAAAAAUCGUUCGAAAACAACGCCAAAGAGAUCUCGGCAAGAAGAAGAGGAUUUGGAAGCGAUGGAUGAUGACAACGACCAGUCCGAGCAACAACGAGAAAUCGAUUCGGAAUCGGUGAUCUCUUCGAAUCGAGAUACUGGAAAUCACGGAAAUGGCGAUGAAGUGAUCGAUCUAUUUGAAUCGAAUGAAGAUAAAACUGAAGAAAAGCCGCGUCUGAUGCUCGCUGCGCAGUCCAAAAGCAGUAAAAUCAAUACUCCUCUGAUUAAAUCGACGCCUUUCCCCAUCAAAAUCGAGCAAAAAGUUCCAGCCGUUCAAGAAGUCGGUAAUUUGAUGCCUCUUAUGGACCUGUCGACAUCUGCAUUCCCUCCAUCAGCAUCACAACAGCGAAUUCUCGACAUGGAUAUGGAGUCAGAAAUUGGAAAUGUUUCGAAUAUUUCACCGAUCAAUACACCUCAAUUUAGUUUCGAUGAAGACAUUCGUCAGAUUGCCCAUCAAUUGUCUCGAGUUGCCACCGCCCGUCCGGAAUGUCAUGAUGCUCUGCGAGAAGUGAUGUUUGGAACGAUUCUUGCAUUCGGAAAUGGAGGAUUCAAUGACAAUGUUGGAGAGUUCUUCCGAAUGAUGGGCGAACGACACGCAAAUAACAAUAGCUCAACUUCUUCCCAAAUGACCAAUCCAUCUAAACAACUCGAGUGCGACGUUUGUCACAAAACAUUCGUCCACUAUUCCGUUCUCAAACGUCAUGAAGUAGUUCACACUGGAGAAAAGCCGUUCGAAUGUGACGUCUGUGGCUCCAGAUUCAGUCAAAAUUCAAGUUUAAACACACAUCUGAGGAAACAUGAAAACACUUCUCACAAAUCGAAAAGCACUCGCAACACGCCAACAAAUUUGCGUCGCAAGACCAGAAAGUCGGCGAAAGCUGUUAAGAAUAAGAAUCGGACUGCUUCAACACCAAAAACGAAGAAAAAUCGUUCGAAAACAACGCCAAAGAGAUCUCGGCAAGAAGAAGAGGAUUUGGAAGCGAUGGAUGAUGACAACGACCAGUCCGAGCAACAACGAGAAAUCGAUUCGGAAUCGGUGAUCUCUUCGAAUCGAGAUACUGGAAAUCACGGAAAUGGCGAUGAAGUGAUCGAUCUAUUUGAAUCGAAUGAAGAUAAAACUGAAGAAAAGCCGCGUCUGAUGCUCGCUGCGCAGUCCAAAAGCAGUAAAAUCAAUACUCCGCUUAUAAAAUCGACACCUUUUCCCAUCAAAAUCGAGCAAAAAGUUCCAAUCGUUCAAGCAGUCGGUGAUUUGAUGCCUCUUAUGGACCUGUCGACAUCUGCAUUCCCUCCAUCAGCAUCACAACAGCGAAUUCCCGACAUGGAUAUGGAGUCAGAAAUUGGAAAUGUUUCGAAUAGUUCACCGAUCAAUACACCUCAAUUUAGUUUCGAUGAAGACAUUCGUCAGAUUGCCCAUCAAUUGUCUCGUGUUGCCACCGCCCGUCCGGAAUGUCAUGAUGCUCUGCGAGAAGUGAUGUUCGGAACGAUUCUUGCAUUCGGAAAUGGAGGAUUCAAUGACAAUGUUGGAGAGUUCUUCAAGAAAUUAAGCGACCGAUAUAAUAAUUGA